UUUCACUUUCACUUCUGAUAGGUGCCCAGAAUCAACAGGAGGCUGUUCACAAUCACAAAGCCUUGUAUAUGCCCGAAAAAUGCGGCUUUAUUUCUAAAGGGCAUCAUUGUUUCCAGUAUGCUUGAUGUUUUACUUGUAUAAAGCAAGAAAGUGACUAAAAAGAUAUCAGAGGAACAAUUUGACUUGGAACUGAAACUAUUCUGAACAAAACCGAAAAACUGCAACACUCCUUAAAAACCACGAAAACUGACAGCAACACAGCAACUAACUUCCAAAUGGCAACCAUUGGCUAUUUUAAAUUCAUUGGAUUUCUUACAGCUUUCAUCACUCUUUCAAUAGCAGACACCUUAAAAAAUGACCAGAAGAGUGAAGCGGCACCAGAUUUCCCAUCCACAUCAGAUGGUCAGACAUAUCCCUGGAACAAGAUGAGAUUGCCUGAAAAUGUUGUUCCAGUGCAUUAUGACCUGCUUAUACACCCAAAUUUGACCACGUUGAAUUUUUCUGCUUCAGUGAGAAUUGAAGUUUUUGUUAAAUCAGAUACAAACUCUAUCAUUCUUCACAGCAAAAACCUAGAAAUCAUUAAGGCAUACAUUGUACCAGUGAAAGAGGAUGGAGCGACUGGAUCAGAAUAUGACUUGCAUCUUUUGGAAUACCCACCAUUUGAGCAAAUUGCACUUCAGACUGAUGUGCCCUUGUAUUCUAGAAACACAUACUUGAUUAAUAUUGACUACAUUGCCAAUCUGUCAGAAAGCUUCCACGGCUUUUACAAGAGCACUUAUAAAACACAAAAUGGUGAACUAAGCAUCGUGGCAUCCACCCAGUUUGAGCCCACUGCAGCACGCAUGGCAUUUCCAUGCUUUGAUGAACCUGCUUUCAAAGCUAAGUUUUCAAUCAAGAUACACAGAGAAUCCAGACAUGUUGCUGUGUCCAACAUGCCCAUUAUAAACUCUGUUAAACUAGCCAAUGGACACGUUGAAGACCAGUUUGAUAUGAGUGUUAAGAUGAGCACAUACCUUGUGGCCUUCAUCGUGGCAGAUUUUAAAUGGGUCAGUAAAGAGACCAAGCAUGGAGUUAAGAUCUCUGUGUAUUCUGUCCCAGACAAGAUCAAUCAGACUUCAUUUGCACUUGAUGCUGCAGAAAGACUCCUAGACUUUUAUGAAGACUAUUUUAAUAUUCCAUACCCAUUGCCAAAACAAGAUUUGGCUGCGAUCCCUGAUUUUCAGUCUGGGGCGAUGGAGAACUGGGGUCUAACCACCUAUAGAGAAUCAGCCCUGCUUUACAACCCAGAAAUCUCUUCAGCUUCUGAUAAACUUGGGAUCACCAUGAUCAUAGCACAUGAACUAGCUCACCAGUGGUUCGGCAACUUGGUAACCAUGGAGUGGUGGAAUGAUCUUUGGCUGAAUGAAGGAUUUGCCAAGUUUAUGGAAAUUAUCUCAGUUAACAUCACGCACCCAGAGCUGCAAGUUAGGGAAUUCUUCCUGGAUAAGUGUUUCAGUGCAAUGGAAGUAGAUGCCUUCAAUUCUUCACAUCCAGUAUCCACUCCAGUGGAAAACCCUGCACAGAUCCAAGAAAUGUUUGACAAUGUCUCCUAUGAGAAGGGAGCUUGCAUUCUGAACAUGCUGAUGGACUAUCUGACAGAAGAUGUUUUUAAAGUGGGUAUUAUUAAGUACCUACAGCGCCAUAGUUAUGGAAAUGCAAAAAAUGAGGAUUUGUGGAACAGUCUGACUAAUAUUUGUCCAUCAGGUGAUACACAUGGAAGCAGACUAAAUGAGCAACAAUUUUGCUUAAGAAAGUCAGAGUUACCUCCUGGUUCGCAGUGGUUUAUGGAAGAUGUCCUUGAUGUAAAAGCAAUGAUGAACACCUGGACAAUUCAGAAGGGAUUCCCACUGGUUACUGUUACCGUGAAAGGAAGACAAGUACUAUUGCAACAGGAGCAUUACCUAAAAGGUUCUAAUUUCCAGGAUCCAAAUUCAGAAUCUGCAAGUUAUCUUUGGCAAAUUCCACUAACUUAUAUUACAAGCCAUUCCAGAAACAUCCAGAGGCAUUUGAUGAGGACUAAAAAAGAUGUUAUCACUCUUCCGGGGGAAGUGAACUGGAUAAAGUUCAAUGUGGAUAUGAAUGGCUAUUACAUUGUGCAUUAUGAAAAUGAUGGAUGGGAUGCCUUAAUCACACUACUGAGAGAAAAUCACACAGUCCUCAGCAGCAAUGAUCGAGCUAACCUUAUUAACAAUGCCUUCCAGCUUGUGAGUAUAGGGAAGCUGCCUCUUGACAAAGCCCUUGACUUGACGCUAUAUCUGAAGAAUGAAGUCAGCAUCAUGCCAGUGUUCCAAGGCAUGAAUGAGCUCAUACCCAUUCAUAAGCUUAUGGAGAAGAGAGAAAUGGUGGAAGUUGAAAAUAAAAUGAAGGCGUACAUAGUCAAUUUAUUUAAGAACUUGAUAGACCAGCAGUCAUGGAGUGAUGAUGGUUCUGUUUCUGAACGGUUGCUGCGCAGUUCACUUCUGGUAUUUGCCUGCGUUCGCAAGUACCAGCCCUGUGUUGACAAGGCUGAAGAAUAUUUCAGGAAAUGGAUGGAUUCCAAUGGCACGUUGAGCUUACCCACUGAUGUUACGUUAGCAAUCUUUGCAGUCGGAGCCCAGACUACAGAAGGAUGGGACUUCCUAUUUGAGAAGUACAGACACUCGCUCUUUAGUUCUGAGAAGAACAAGAUUAGGCUUGCCCUAACAAACAGUAAAGAUACAGAGAAACUUCAGUGGUUAAUGGACCAAGGUUUGCAAGGAGAUAUUGUCAAAAUACAAGACCUGCCUUCUGUUGUUAUAUCAGUAGGCAAAAAUCCAACAGGAUAUCAUCUUGCUUGGGAAUUUUUAAAGAAGAACUGGGACAAACUAAUAGAAAAGUUUGAACUUGGAUCACCUUCAAUUGCAUAUACUCUCUCUGGUGUUACAUCUCAGUAUUCAACAAGACUUAAACUUGAAGAGGUCCGAAGAUUUUUUGAAUCCUUGAAGGAUAAUGGUUCACAGCUCCGGUGUGUUCAACAAGCAGUUGAAACAAUUGAGGAGAACCUCCGGUGGAUGGAAAAGAAUUUUGACAAGAUCAGUACAUGGUUGGAGAAUUUAAAAUCCAUUGAAUAAUUCAAUGACUAUCAUCCCGCAUCCGUACUGUACUCCUCAACUCCCUUGAAAAAGACACUGUUAUUUCCUAUAGGGUUUUCUAAAACUCUGCAAACACGCUAUUUUAAAGUUAUAUCAUCACUCAGGUAAAAUGGUGUUUACCGGGUUUGAAAUUCAUGUGCAGUGAUACAAUUGGUGAUGCCGGAACAUCAUCGUUACUCAUCAAAUCUGGAUUAAAAGAAAAAUUAUUUAUAAGAACGACGCCAAGCCUAUAGUGAACUGUAGCAGGUAUUGCAUCUGUUACAAAGUGAACGUUCAAGCAGACAGCACAAGGUUGGGAUGAUAAAUUUUGAAGUGUGCUUUUGUUUUUGUCACGGUCACUGAAAAAACAUGGCCCACAAAAAUUCCCACAGUAAAACACGUCAGGAUUUUUGAAGAGGAUUUUCCUAGAUUCUGGAAUAAAUUGUGAUUAUAAUUUCACAGUGCAACUUUCAGAGCAAACUGCAUUCUUAAGAACAAAAUAAUUUGCUUUGAAAUGACUCCCCAAAUAAAA